AUGUCUGCCGGCGGCCCUGGAGAUUCCCGGGAGCCGUCCACCCUAUACAGCUUCACGUCUUUAAUGAACUCGCUCUCUAACGGCCUCGCAGGAAGCAUCCACCAAAAGGGUAGCAGGUUGCCCACCAUUCAGCCUGCGUCGCCGCCGACCAAAGGCGCGCCGCAUUCUUCCACAUCGCCCAAUCAGCCUGCAUAUUUUCCCAUUCCUAGGGGCCACCCACAUGUUACAGUCAUUGCAAGCUCCGACUCUUCUACCACCGAAUCUUUUUCCGAAGUGACAUCGUCAUCGUCGCCGGACUCGCUACCCAAUCCCCAAGGGCGCAACGCCCCUACCACGCCCCAGAAACAGGCGCGCAGCAACAGGCGGAAGCAGUCGAACAAGUCGGGCGGCAGAUGGAGUAGGGGAGGAGGCUCAUCAGACGAUACCGGGUCUGACCGUAAACCCCCCACGUCACAGCCAGCAGAACCUACGCACAGCGCCGCCUCGUCCCCCCAGAGCGCGUCCAAGACACGCCAACAACCUUAUAUUGCUACAAACAACCCAUCGUCGAGCCAGACGCGAUUCAUGGCAACAGCCUUUGGAGGUCCUUCGGGAGAUUCGCGGAGGGGAGUAGUCUCUCCUCGCCCCAAGGGUCGCGAAGCGAAGAACACUCUCUGCCGCAAUGUCACCAUAUACGGUCACUGUCGGUACGAGAAUACCUGUCCGUACAUACACGACAACCUCAAACUGAAUCAGAAUGAGAACACCAAAAAGAGGUUCAAUGUUGACUCGCCAUCUUUCACUCCGUUGCAAGCAAACACGAAUGGAUCCGUGACACCUUCGCCUCGCAGUGCUGCCAUCUCCCCUAAGGCGGCUAAUGCCGCGGUCUUUACACCCAAAUCACAACGCUCCACUGUCACCACCCCGCGCGUGCAUACAAAAGAGCCCGCAAUUGAUUGGCAUUCGCAAGACUUUCAAGAGUUUGUUCCACAGUCCUUUGACGGUCAGCAGAUGGUAGAUCCUAAUCUUGGCUACGAUCCGUUCAGUACCCCCACUAGCAUAUCCACACUGGGUGGUCCAAGCCACCAGGCCGCUACCAUCAACCCUUACGCGCAAGACGCUUCAGCGACGUACUUUCAGAACGCCAAUGCCUUCCAGAAUCCAGCCUAUCACUUGUACUGGCCUGUAGGACCUCAGCCUACCGGUUUGCUUGCUUACCAGCGCACUGCUCAUGACUUUUUCAUACCCGAUGCGCUGCGAGAAGAAUUGCAAAAGAAGGCAGAGGUCGCACGCCAGAUUGCCCCAAACAGUACUCUGCCUGUCAUUGAGCAGUUUCAUUCGUUGUUUUGCUUGGAUAUGUCACCUCAGAAAAACACUGCGCCUUUCGGAUAUGCUAGCUGGAUAUACAGAGCUGUAUCCAGCAAAGAUGGAAAAACAUACGCACUGCGCCGUCUCGAAAACUUUCGACUGACGAAUGAGACUGCUAUUCGCUCUGCUCAACCAUGGAAACGUGUUCUGAACGGCAAUGUCGUUACUAUCCAUGAAGCAUUUACCACUCGAGCAUUUGGCGAUAGUUCCUUGAUCCUCGUCACAGACUACCAUCCGAAUUCCAAAUCUCUUGCCGAUGAGCACUUCAAGCCCGUGCAGCGUUUUCAUGGAAGACAGCCAACAUCAUCGCAUGUACCAGAGCAGGUUUUAUGGGGUUACACUGUCCAAAUUGCGUCAGCGUUGAAGGCUAUACAUGGGUCAGGAUUGGCUGCAAGAUUGAUCACGCCUUCAAAAAUCCUACUUACUUCAAAGAACCGGAUACGGUUAAAUGCCUGUGGCAUCAUGGAUAUUGUUCAGUUUGAUAAUGCGCGAUCUGUGCCUGAGCUUCAGGCAGACGACUUUGUUCAACUUGGACGGUUGAUACUUUGCAUCGCGAACAACAACCCAACAGCUCACUUACAGAUGCAGAAGUCCAUGGACUACAUUACAAGAAGUUACACGGCCCGCCUCAAGGAAUGUGUUCAAUGGCUCCUCAACCCCCAGCCACCAGCUGGAACGCCAUCAUCUCCCACCUCUCCAGCGCCUCUGCAAAAGGACAUUGACACUUUCCUUGGUGGGAUUGCCGAUCAGUUUGCAUCUGUUUUUGAUAGUGAGCUCCAUGCACAGGACAGCCUCACAGUCCAUCUUGGUAAAGAGUUGGAAUCAUCACGAUUGGUCCGCCUGUUGAUCAAGCUCAACAUGAUCAAUGAGCGGCCAGAGCUAGACGCGUCCCAAAACAUGCCAGGGAAUAGUGGCGCAAAUCCGUCGUCUGUAUGGGCCGAAACUGGCGAGCGCUAUUACCUUAAACUUUUCCGCGAUUACGUUUUCCACCAAGUGGAUGCAAAUGGACACCCCGUUACGGAUCUGGCGCAUAUCCUGGACUGUCUUAACAAACUAGAUGCCGGUACAGAUGAGAGAAUAGGACUAAUCAGCAGAGACGAGCAAAAUGUGCUGAUUGUAAGCUACCGAGAAGUGAAACGAGCACUGGAAUCAGCAUUCCAGGAUUUAGUACGGGCGGGGCGGAAAUAG